UACACAAAAUGGCCGAAGAAUUGGAUAGACGUCCCAAACAGCGGAAAGCGUAUGCAUCUAAUGCGAAUCCAUCACUGUAAGAUUUCAUAAUUCCUUUUAUUCAAGCGUGCACUUUUUGUGUCCAAUUAGGAGCUGCAAGCAAGCACUUUACAAAUAUAACCCUAGGGGAAAUAAUUUCUUUGAAUAGCUAAAUAAGACUCGCAAGGCCAAUUAAAUUUAUUUAAAAUUGUGAGUUGAGUAAAGAAGUCAAUUCCAGCCAAUAAUUCCGAACUUUGGGACUGGGGAAUCACCGGAGUAACAUUCAGUCAAACCAAUUUCAAAAUUCACUUAUAAAAAAACUGAAAUUAAUGAUUAAUGAAUUGCAAGCAAUUUGUAUUGGCAAUAUUAUGUAGUAUAAUGUAGUAUUUAGUCUUGAGUGACUUGAGUCUUACUUAGUACUUAGUAUUAUGAAUUAUAUUAUAUGUAGUAUGUAAUUUUUUUUUUAUGUUGGGUAGGCACUAUUCACUAUAUAUUUAUAGCCAUAGCCUAUACUAUGCCUAUGAUUUGAAGUUCGACAAUCUCAGAUGACCUACUCACUCAUUGAUUAGUAAUAAAAAUAGUAAUGUUAAUGUAACUAGGCUACGGUUACAGUCAAAUAAUUCCUGCCUUAAUUAUUUUUGGGUGCUUGAAAAUAAUUAUAAUUAGUAGUUACUUAUUAUACUUAGCUCAUGCAAAAAUGAAGUUAAUACUGUUAAUAACUUUAACUUUUUAUUGGGCCUAUUAUAUUUUUUAAAAAAAUAAAACCAUAAUAAAAAUAUAUUGACAGUAAUGAUGCCUUGACCUUAAUGUAAAAACAAGUUCAAGUGAAAUUAAUAACUAAAGCCAAAGCUAGUAUUAAUUUAGCCACUUACUUUUAAGAAAGGCCUAAUGAAAUAAAUCACAAACUGACAUAGUAUGAACCUAUUCUUAGCCUUGAAUGUGGGUGGCAUUGGCCUAAUGUUUUUAAUUUCAACCUUACUGUUUAAGUGUAACUAAGAGUAGGCUAGAAUAGAAUUACUAAGAGUAAGACUGAUAAAACAAGAAGGAAUCCUUGAUGGGGCAAGCAUUUGCUCUGUGUAAUAUGUAUUUGUUAUAAUAUUAUAUGUAGGCUAUAUCUUGUCAUUUAUCCUGUUUGGGCAGUUUGGGAUGAAAUCAUAAAGAUCACUACAGUUCAUGUACUCUGGUUCAAUCCUAAGACUAAAUACUAAGUACUGACUUGUAGUACUGAGUAGCUCUUCCACAUUUAAGAAAAACUGUAGUCUUGCAGACAACAGGCCUACUUUUGGGCUAGAUUGGGUUUUUCUAUAACUUCUUACUCCAACAUAAGACAACAAUUAUGACUGAUGAAUCAAUGAGGAAAUUAUAUAUUUGCAUCCUUAAAUGAAUCAUUUUUAGUUUUUUUUAUUAUUUUCUUUCUGAUUUCCUUAACAAAAAGUUAUACCUUUAUAUUUAUAAAAGUAGGCUGAAUAGUAUGAUAUUAUGGUUUAUUAUUGGCUUAUGUGGAGACUGCAGCAUCAAAUAAACAUGUUACUAAGUUAUUUCAUGGUAGGCUUGAUUAAUCCUUCUUCAAUGUCAUGGUUUCAGAGAACACAGAAGUGAUGAGGAUUUCAUGGCACAUUUAGUGCGUAAAAAGGGGAGGCCGCCAAAAGACACUUCAAGCACAAUGAAUUCAGCCAGCAUAGCUGGAAGUCCUUUAACAGUUUCAGGCAAUAGUUCGUCUUCAAAAACUGUGGCUGCCAUCCUCAAACAGGCUAAAGAUCAUCAACCCCCGAAGGAAGUUAUCAGGGGACAGCAUCAGUCACAAGGACAGAGAAAGAAGAGCAAACAAAUGCCUGAACAAAGUCAACAGCCCUCAACUUUGUUGAACCAGCUGGUCAAAGGCACCAACAGCCCUAUGGGUCGUGUUGGCUCACCAUCAUUAGCUGUUUCCCCUGCAAUGUCACCGUCUAGCAUUAGGGGGGUUUCACCCCUGGGGAAAGACCACAAUCACCCAGUAACUACAAAAAGCUCAUCACUGAGCCGUGAUCUUUCGCCUUCAAGGAUCACCGCUCAGAUGGUAAAAGUAAUGGCAGAGACUGCACCAACAACUAAUGCACCAAAUCUACUCCGUUCUGCUUUGCAAGGUAACAUGCCUGACCCCAUGGGCAUAUUGAGCACUUCAAAAACUGAAGGAGGUAUAGUGUCGGUUGUCACGUGUACUGGGGGCCCCCUCACCAACUUCAACCCCAGCCGUAAAUCUGCUCUUAAUGUCAGCAAUUUUACCCAAAGCACCAACAGUGGAUCUUCCCAUCAAGGCCACACUUUUAGUAAAAUAUUGACUAACAUGGCUGGGGUUGGUGGUUAUCUAGGACAGCAGAGUCUAGAUUCAGGAGAAUCCAAACUUAGUGGCUCACCAAUCUCUAUAUCAACAGUUGAAAAUUUAUUGGCCUCCUCUGAUGGCACAAUACAAACAGUGAAUGUUUCUCAUAUACCAAAAGUAACCAAUCCAGGGAGUACAAACAUUGGCACAAUGUCAGCUGCUGCUACCUCCUCUGCAUCACCUCGGCCCUCUCCACGCAGCGCCAUGGAGGUGGCCCAGCAGAUCAAAAUGGAAGCCAAUGGGCAAAAGUCCAGUGCUCAGUUGGCAGCCUUGCGGCCUGGUAUGCAACAGCAGCUGAGAACACAGAUCCAAAGCUCUCGGAGUAUUGAUGCGCAGCUUGCACCAAAACAGAUCCAGGUAGUCACAUCAAAAUCCCAGCCAUCUACAAAUAGGUCAUCCCCUAAAGACACAGAUAAAAAGGUUAGUGUCAUUCUCUUUGUUUAUUUACUUUUUUUAAAUGAUUUUCCAAAUGUCAUUUGCUUCAAUAGUAAUCAACGACACUGUCUCCUUCUGCUUUAUGUUUUAAUGCAAAAUUAAAUGAAUUCUUUAUUACAUAUGAGCCCAUUGAAUAGAAUUAAAUAGCAGAAAUAUGAUGGUGAAAUAUGAGGGUAAUGUCAGUCAUUAGUUCUAUGCAAUUAAGGAAUACCUUUGUUCUCCCUGCUGACUUUUGCACAUUUUAAGUCAUUAUUAUAAAUGUCCGAUAGACAGAGUAUAGCCUUUUAAUUGUGUAGGUAUCAAUAAUAAUGAUCUUUAUGCGUAUAAAAAUUUGUAGCAGAAAAUAAAUUCUUAAAGAGCAAAACUUAACCAUCAAAAAGAGCCUGAUGACUGUUAGUAGGUCCCAUGAGCCUACUGUACAUAGUCAUGUAUCCUUGUGUAAUGAUAUGGCUUGUUCCAUGAAAGCUAUUGUCUUGAGACUUAAGAGUUACCUCUUUUAGUUCUUUUUCUCUCUUAAGAGCUACAAUAAAUUCAUGUUCACACAUUUAUUGUACUGUUUUCCCCAGCAGGCCAUGGAUGUAAACAUGCCACUGCUGGCUGCCAAGCUUGCCCCAUCUGCUGUGCCAUCUGUUGUUAAAGUGUCCCCAUCUGUUCCCAAUCAGCUCAAGCAGCAGCAACAUGCAGACCUGGUCUCGUCACUUUCAGUUGCAUCAGUGCAAUCCACAAUUUCACCAUCCUUGUUUAUAUCUUCAGUGGCCAAGAAACCCAGCCAGUUCAGUUCUGUAAACACAUCGCCAUCUGAUUUGAAGCCACGGUUUCACCUCCAACAGCACAGUCAAACGCAGCCUGGGUUAAUUUUCAACCAGUCCAAACCAGUACUGGGGGAGACAAAUUCACUGUCAGACCACUCCUGGCUCCUGCAGCAAUCUCAGCAUCAAGUGAUUUCAACUGACCAUUCAACUCCUGGUCUGAACCUCUCUGGAGGGCUUGGUGAAAUUUUAUCCGGGCUUGAGAAGCAGCAAUCGUUGGAGAGGUUGAUACAGGCCAGUAUUAGUGGGUCCAUGGGGGUCCAGAAUGAUAGCUCCUCUCAUGUCCAGUCCAUCGCCAAACAGCUGAGUUCACACCAGAGUCCACUCCGGGUCAGUUCAUCUGCCCAAUCUACUGUAGCUCAACCCUCCUCAGCCAGUAAAAUUACCCAAGAGUUUGUCAACCAAGCAACAUUAGGUGGUGGAGGGUUAAAAAUAAGCUCAAGUCCAUUAGGCACUGUUACAAACACUAUCCCAACAACAAUAACCACACAAACUAUAUCCAAGUACAGACUAGGAGAUUCCAAGCAGACGGCCAUAGAUGUGGAUAUGGAUAUAGGGCAUCUGCAGUCCAUAACUGGUGAUGGGGCCACUGUGAAAGCGGAGGCUUCUUCAAACAUUUCCAAUAAAGAUGUGAGGCGCAAUAUUCACUCGGCAAUCAGCCAUCAUCUUCUCAAUACUGCUUUAUCCAGUGCUCCCAAUGCCACCUUAGCUUUUUCAACAACAAAACCCAGAGAUUCACAGACACCUGUGAAAUCCUCUGCUUCCCUCACAUUUCACACAUUACAGACAACAUCAUCACUGGCUCACAUACCCAAACCCAUCAUGCAUGCUUCGCCGUCUGUGUCAUCGCUGUCUUCUGUUCCGACCACAACAGCUCUUCCACCACCCCCGGACUACACCCCACCUCCCCCUUACCCAAUGAAAUUCGGACAGUUUCAGCAAGGCCAGACCCAGCAGCAGAACACGCACAACAAAACUGGACAAGCUUCAAAGCAGUCUGUUCAAAACCCGUUCACGUUUCCCACUACUGGGAUCAAGCUGACUCCUGAGCCAGAGCCUCAGGGCCUUGUCUCGUUCUCAGUUGCCAACCAGCAUAUCAUUAUUGGCAGUAACACAGAGCACAAGUCCAGCUUACAUCAAGAGCCACUGAGCAGAUUCAGAGAGCCCAAGGCUGCUAAUGUGGCUGUAGGAAAGAGUGAUGGACUCAAUAGCAAACAUAAAGGCGCCACAGUUGAUAUGUAUAGUCUAAAUACAGAGGUGAAGACAGAAAUGAACAAAAGCUUUUGCAAUCAUGUUGGAGAGGUCAAGGAAGAGAAGAAAAAGGUAAAUUUUGUUCAGAUGUUUACUUUAAAAGUAUGAAAAUUAGGGUGGAUAGUUUUGGGAUGAAGUUGUCUACCAUCUUUUCCAGCUAGCUAUUACCUCCUAGAUGUAAAGUGGCCUGUGUUGUUUAUGGUUGUAAGGGAUGAAAGACUUAGAUUGGGUAUUCUCUUAUGUAGUUUUUGUAAUGUUGCGUUUUGUAUUUCAAUGUGGUAAAAUAUAGAUUUGUUCAUUUCUUCUUAAAAUGGAUGACCUUGUACAUCGCUUCGAGCCUUUGGGGAUGAAGCGUGGUUUUCAAAUAAGUUUUAUUAUUAUUAUUAAAAUAAUCUAUGGUCACGCUUAAGCCUUGCUGUUCACACCUGGCUACUCUUAGGAUUUUGGUGUAUAUUGUAGGAUCUUGAAAUCAGCUGAGACCUGUCAGACCAUGUUUUUAAAAGAUAUAUUCCUGUACUUUUUCAAUUUAACAAAAAUCACAUUUUCACUUGUUAGUUUUAGCUAUUUUCUACAUGCGGCUGUGAUUGGAUAGAGAAGUACCAUUGGUUGGAGACAAUCCAUAAUUAUCUUAUGCACUGGUUCCCACUGAGAGGGGAAGGGCGUGGUGUUGGUUUUUGGUGGGUAAAGGGGGGGGGGGGGGGGGGGUGUCUAAAUAUUUUUUUAAAGGCUAUAAAAUAACACAGCCAUGUUUAGAAAUGAUAGUUUGUAUCAUCAUAUUGUUGCUUUGUGCUUUCUCAAUGAACUAGCUUGAUACACAACAGUAAUAUUUAACAUAGUCGCCUUAGUGACAACAUUAGUCAGUAUUUGCUUUUGUUAGCCUCAGUGCUGUAUUACAUAAUUUUGAGACAUUUAUUUGGUCUUUCUUUCUUUCUUUCCUAACUAACAUAGCAUUCAAGAUGGCUACACAUUAUUUGCAUAAAAUAAUGUUUUGAUAUUUGCCAAUGGAUGUCAAAUAUUAACACUGAUCAGUGAUUAAUUAAUAUCUAAAACAUAAUCGAUGAAAUCAAUAAAUCGGUUUUGUUGUUGGUUUUUUGUGCAUUAACCUUAUAGAUAGAGAUAAAAUGUUUGAAUUUAUUUUUGUUUAUUGGUAUUUAUCUUUUUUUUAUUUUUAAUAAAAAGUUUUAAUUAUUAGAGCUAAUGAAGAGAGUUCUGAAGGAAAGCAUAGGCAAUAAAGGAUUGUGGGGGGGUGGGGGGGUAUUGUUUUGUUGUGUAAGAAGGUGAAUCAUUAAGUGGAUAACAUGGGUAGUGUACUGGGCGAGUCAGUGAGUAGGUGAUAUAGCGUUGGGGAGCAUUAAUUGGCUCUUUCCAGAAUAACAGAUUUGAAAUACCUUAAAUAAAUGCUUGUUUCAGUUCCAACCUUUUAACCAAAGAAUCUCAAACCUGUCCUGUUUUCCUGUGAUGAAUUCAAGUUACAGAGCAGCCUACAGAUCUCAUGCAGUGGCAGUUCAAAGAGCCAGGUGAGUUAGUGGAAUAGUGCCCACACUAUUGCUGGACAGAUUAUAGCAAUUUGUUUUUGUUCUGUUUUUUUUUUCCAUUUAAAAGUUUUAAAUAGUUACGGGCAAUGAGUUUAAUGUGACACAGAAUUAGUCUAGAACUGUAAAGCAGUUUAUAAUAAGCUUCUUCUAUAAUACAGAUUGAUUGAGAAAGAUUGAAUUUGAAAUGUAAGUUUAAAACAAAAUGGUGUAGUUAAACCUCAACAGGUGGUUGGGUCAGUAAAACAGACAAGUAUUCUUAUGGUGUGAGGCUCAAAUCCUGGACAAAACCAGCCUGUGGGAUAAAACAGGCAUGCUAUGCUGUCUGUGGUUUGAAAAAAAUUUUUGCAAUCAAAGCAAAAGGGGAAUGCUUUACUCAAAUGUACUUUACUGUACUUAACUAUAGAUCGUGCCGAAAUGUAACUAUAUGAAUAAGAAGGGGAAAAAAUGUCAUUAGUAAGCAAGAAAGCUAAGUAUCACUUUUUUUAUCCUGGGUUAUGCAACAGACCUUUUCUUGGUGGUGAGCUUUACUUUGCUUUUUUAGUUGAGCAUUUCGCAAUGCACUUUUCGGCUCCGUUACUUUAACUCUUGUUCAAAAUCUUUAAUGUUGAAUCUUUAUUUUUCAGAGCUGGUGUCAUUACCAACACUGCUAAAUCAUUAGAUGUUCUGCGACAGAAUUUACAGCGGAACAUCAACAAAGAGCUGACAGAAAUCAUUAAGAGAUAUACAGAAGUGAGAUGGCAGUAUCAUAACAACAUUGAAAUUCAAUAGAGCAAAAUAUUAGCAGACUUACUUUUAAUUUUUUUUUUUUAAAUCACUUUAGGAAUUAAAUGUCCUCUCUAUAUGUCCAAUCUGAAUAUUGUAUUUUAAUCUAUCAGUUUUAUUUUAGAAAUUAAAAAAAAAAAAUUUUUUUGUACUCUCUAACAAGUAUGUGAAACAUGAUAAGAAAUUCAGAUGUGGAAAUAAUUUUGUUUAAACACUGGGAUAUGUUGUUCAUAAAAGAAUGUUUGGCAAGCUUGGUUGGGUCAGUAAAACAGUUAAGUAUUCUUAUCUUGUGAGACUCAAAUCCUGGACAAAUCAGCCUGUGUCAGAGUUUAAUUCAAUAAAACUUUCUUUUAUUCCAGAAAUACUUUCAGCCAGCUCUAGAAAACAUCAAGCACAACAACAAUGAACCAUUUUUAGGGGAGGACCAUAUCAAUUACGUGUGUAGGCAGAUUCUUGAGGAGGUAAAUACAACCUGUUAGUGUGUACCCUUGAAAUAAAUUUUACCAUUAUAAUUUGCAAUACACCAUCCGUUUCUUGUCAAGAAAAAUCCAAGAAAAAUUUACUAUUCAUUAAAAAUGUAUAACGUUAGUUAUCAUUUGUUGGACAUUGUUUAAGCUUGCAUAAUUCAUUUAAUGUCGUCAUCAUCAUUCGGUUCCUAUAGCCAUUUAGGUCCAUUUGGGCAUGUUCCCUUCGGCCUGAGGCCACGAUGGAGAUUUUACACACUCUCCGCAUCUGUUCUUUAUUUGUAUUCAAGGUGUUGGUGUAGUUAUUUUUGGUUGAUACUUAAAUCAUUUAAUCUUAAUCAUGGUAACAGUUAUUGUUUUUGUGUUAUUGUUUUUUUCAUUGAUCAAUCUCAUGUUUCCAUCAGGCAAAAUCUGAGUAUAUCUGUGAGUCAGGAAGGCGUAGCAUCACACCAUCUGAUAUUCCUGACAACAUCUCAGAAUCAGGGAGUCUUGGCAGCCGCAGAAUGGUCAGCAUACUUUUCUAGUUUAUAAAUCUAUCAACUAAAUAUAAAUAAUUAUGACACAUAAUCAUGAGUAGGGAAAAGCACCACUUUCAGAGAGAGAGAGAGAGAAAUUAUAAAAAUGUAUAUUUAUGUCAUGAUAUCCGAUGAAAGGGAUAAAUUUGUUGUAGAGUUGUGUAAAGAGAAGUCAUAGGAUUUCAAUAUUUUAUGGUCACUUAAAUACAUACCCUGCAGAAAUUAUUCGAAGGUAUAAAUUAUACUUCAAAAUUUUUCAUGUUUCAGUUUAUGAAACGAAGUCGCAUUUCAGAUAGUGACUCUGAAAAGGGAAGUGAUUCUGGUGGUUUCAAGAGAAAAACAAUCAAAGUAUGUCAAAUAUUUCUGUCAACUAAUGAAUGACAAUCAGUUAACGACUUAAGAAUGUAAAAACAAGUAUGGCAUACUGGUUGUGGAGGAGGUGGGUUGUGCGUGCUUGGAGCAGGCUGAUUUUGAUGGAGUUUAGAGCAAGCAAUUUAUUAGAGCUGGCUUUGAAUAACUCGGUGCUUAGCACAAAACCCUAUUACACUCAGUCUUUACUGAGGAGUUCAUAAUGUAGAUGUUUUGAACAUUAUCAGAUCAAAUUGUUAGUCCUUAUGGGUGUCUAGAACUAGGAUCUUGUUUGGGCUAUAAUUGUUUUUACUGCAUGACUUAAAAAAUCCAACAAUAUUUGUUCCCUUUUGGUGUUUUUUGUUUUGUUUUGGUUCUUUUUUUGCCUGAAUGACGUAAUAACCUUAGCCUAUAUGAGGAUGUUUCCAAAAUGAUACCUUAUUUUAAAAAAAAGGCUUUUUUUUUUAACAAUACACUAUGAGUUAUUAACCUUUUCAUUGCUUGUCAUUGCUUUUUCCACCUACAGAAAAAAAUUAAAACAAGUGUUCAUAGUAAUUCUGGGUAAGACCAUCGUUAAGAUAUGUAAAAUAAUGUUGUUUACUAAUUGUAAUAAUCUAGAAUAAGAUGUAGAAAAGGGGCUCAUUUUAGCAAACUUCGGUGAUCACCAGGUUUAAUUCUUUUAUAAAAAAAUAUUGCUGUUGGGCUUACAGCUUGUAUUUAAAUUCUGUUAACUUAGCAGGUGAUCCUCCAUUUGUUCGAAACAUUGAACAUUUCAUCUAAACACAAACCCUCUCACUCACGGGUAGCUGCAGAGUCUUAUUUGGUAAUAUUCUUUUGUAUUUUAACAGAAGAGUUACGCCAAAUAAGCCGUAUAAGACAGGUGAACCAAUCAAACGUGAGGGGCCUAAGGUGAGAUCAUGUUCCAUUUAUAUAAAAAACAUUCUUUUCUUGUUUUUAUAAAGUUCACUGUAUUUUUAUUUGGCAUUUUUCUCUAUUUUGUUGGCCAUCCUGUUUUUCUAACGGCAUGUUUCCCAUUUUGUUGCCCAUGCUAUUUUUAUUUCUAUAAAGCAUAACUGAAUAGCCAUUUUGUUGGCCAUGCUAUCUGUAUUUCUACAAGCCUAACUGAAUAACCAUUUUGUUGGCCAUGCUCUCUGUAUUUCUACACACCUAACGGAAUAACAAUUUUGUUGUUAUUUACAGUGGGACCCAGAGAGAAUGAAGCCAGAAACUUUAUUUGUGAUGGGAGCUAGGGCAAACAAGUAAGUGAAGAAAAGGCAACUAAAGAUCAUUAUUAUUAUUCUACACAAGACUUUUUUCGGUAAUGGGUUCAGAGCACCCAAGGCUCAGUUGCCAUACUUGUGAGAAUCUCAGAAUUGAUAUAAAAGUAUAUGAGCUCGAUGCAGUUCCUUUGUUUUUUUUUAAUAGCUUGCCACCCCUAACCUUAUUCAUUCCAUGAAAUUUAAAUGUGUCAUUACCUAACAAAUUUAAAAUAUUUAUAAUUUACACUAAAGGAUUUUCACAAAGUUUAUCACAAUUGUUAAUUAUUGAGACUAGGAAAGCCAUUAAGUACCAGAAGUUAUUAUACAUUACAAUACAAGAAGAGACAAGACUUUGAGCAGAAGGUUUCAAACAGAAAUUUAAAAAAAAACAUGUAUCUCCAGGUCACUAUGAAGGGAGUGAACUCUUACUCAAAGUUUAGGAACUAAUAUUCUUGUUCAGUCUUUAACCCUCUGCUCAAUGUCCCAAAUAGGUAUAUUGCCCUAUUAAGAAGUGAUUUCAAAUCCACCACAAAUUUUAUUUCAGGGCUCUUGGACUGGGUAACACAAGAGGUAGACUGUACAUCAGGCAUCCAGACAUAUUCAAGGUACUCUUUAAACCAGUGCUUCUCAGAGUAUUCAGAAAUUUAACCAUAUUGCAGCGGGUACCCGUUUUAUUUUCAAUCUUUCAACAUUAAAUAUGCUUUUCAGACCUGCAAUUUGUGGCUUACCAUGACAUUGAGAAUCCUUGCUUAAAUAUUAUAUUUAUUUUUUCUGCUGUCGUGUAAUGUUAGAUAAAGUGAGUUUAUUUUUUUUUUUUAAACAUCACAAGCCAUCCUUAUUAAAAACAAACCUUUAGCAUUCAUGUUACAGGAUGUAUCUAACCUGUAGCAUUCAUGUUACAGUAUGUAUCUAACCUGUAGUCUUCAUGUUACAGUAUGUAUCUAACCUGUAGCAUUCAUGUUACAGUAUGUAACUAACCUGUAAUGUUCAUGUUACAGUACAUAGGUGACCAAGAGGACAAAGUGUGGCUCUAUGAGCAUAACUUGAUGCCUGCUACAGGGGGGAAGGCCUACAUGUUGCUGCUGGAGGAUAUUGAAGACCUGAGUAGGUCAGAUGAUUACAAGUAAGUGACAAUCUCCAUCUACCUUUCACACUGCCAACAGUUCUAAAAUGCCUUUCUAAUGUUAAUGACAAGGGGCUUACUGCUUUUGGAAAUUAAAAUUUUAGGCUUUAAGGUCAUCACAGACAAUGAUGUAGGUUUAAUUAGCAUCACAGUGAAAAUUAAAUGUUUUUACUAGGUAAUCAUUUAACUGAGAUGUUAUGUGUCAAUUUUUAUUAUUUAGAAAUAUGCAUUAUAUGCAAGUUAAUAAAUAUAAACUAUAAAUCUGUGUAUUUCCCCGUAGUUAAUAUUUUCUUCAUCUGAAACAAAAAUCAGAUUCAAGAAUGAAAUUAAAUGCAUGAAUUUUUUUUUUUUUUAAACAGGGACAGCCCUGGCCUGUUGAUGCAUGAGUGUGUAGGUUUCACUGUACCAGAAUGGAUGUUGGUGAAGAUGAAAGAACAGAUGAAUGCACUUCGUUCAGACUCCAACAAGCGGAGUUUAUCACGCUCUCCUGUUAGUGUAAGCAUUUGUUUUCAAUAGAAGCAUUCAUUCAGACCUCUUCAAGAGCCUUCAUAUAUUACUCUGGGAAUUUCCGUGCCAAAAAUAAUUUAAAAGCCUGUUAUUAUUUAUGUUGAUUAGCUAACCCCAUAUAAUUAGUGCGAGGAAUGGGCUAAAUAUAUUGUAACAAAACUUUUAACAAUUUGUAUAAUUUAUUUGUCCUGUAUAUUUGAAUCUUAUGACCACAUGUUUGUUCUGCCAAAUUGGGAUCUAAUCAAUAGUAUGAAAACAUAGUUUAUUUACGAUUUUUAGAGACACAUAAUAUAACCUAUUAAGAUUUAUGGUUAUAAACAUCUGAGCAAUUUUUUUAAGAUAUUAAUAUUUCAUGAAUUAAAUUGAAAGUUUUUACAAUUCAUCUGAGGUUAAAUAUUUAAUAGAUAUUCCAACAACCUUAAAAAGAAAAAAAUCAGCAGGAUAUGUGCUUGAAAGUUUUAAUAUCUUACGAGGACAUUUUUAGUCGGGAGUUUUGUUUUAAUUUAUUGAUUUGAUGUCAAAAUUUUCUAUUAAUUACCAAGCAGAUAAUAUGGAUUAUUUAUCCAAGGCCAGAUAACAAUUUUAGGUUUUCUAUUUAUUGAAAUUACGUCCAAUGUCAUGUGAUUUAUGUUUGGGGGCUUCGAUAAAUGAAGUGUAUCUAUUUCAUUUAUGUAGUUCAUUCAUAAAGUUAAUGUUUGACAUCAUUAUUAAAAACAAUUAUAAUUUUUUUGUGUCCAGGACAUUGGUGAAUCCAGGCCAAAGAUUUUGCCAUUCUCUGCCUUUUCUGAAGCAAACAUCAAAGAGGAAACAAUGGUCUGUAACGGUCCUGUUGCUUAUUUAAACCACUGUGAUUAUUAAAUGACACCAAAGGCUCUCACAUGUCUGUUCAAGUUAAAAUGAAAGGGAUACAAGAAUGGGCCAUUUUAUAAUGUCACAAAGCCUUGUACUUGUAGUAUCACAUGAUUGCAUUCUUUUUGCCUUUUAAUAAAUCAUUUUAAAUUACUAGCGGUAGUAGUAGUGGUACACAACCUCUCUACAUUAAGAAUUAUUUAAAAUAAAAAUAGAUGGGUGUUUUGUUUUAUUUCCACCCUUGUUUCUCUUACUCAAGAAAGUCAUCUCAACUGCAAUGUUAUACAUACUGUGUUUUUCAUGUUUGUUGCUUAGAUCUGCAAUGAAGCUCAAUGUUUGUUAAGUUUGAAUCCGAGGAAAUUUUGCUUUCAGUAAAUUUGAGUCAUAAAAUAAUUUGUUUGUAUUUAUUUUGUUUCAGGUGUCCCCGGCAGAUACUGAGGAUAUGGACUUCUUGUCGACGGCUGACAAUGAUGACACUCAGCCCUCGUCGGCUGUCUCCCCAUUCACAGUCACCGGCGGCUUUGACGAUGGUGGUUCUCCCUCCCCAUCUGAUCUGGACCCCAUUGAGGAUCCCACGCAAGUUCCCAGCAUGUUUGCUUAAUUUAAAAUGACCCAGAUUUUGUGUGUUCCGCCCGGUUAAAAAAAUACUGCUCAAUCUGAAGUACUGGGUGUUGCUUGCCAUGUUGUGCCAUGGCUCAGUCUACUACACCGGACACAUUUUGGAGGUCUGCGUUUGUAUGGCAAAUUUUCAUCACCAGGCUUGUCGAGAGCUGUUAUUUGAAGAUAUAAUUAGUGCGGCUCAAUCUUUUGCCCUGGACCUGGCUUGCAGCUGAUAACUUUGAACAACCCCGUUCACCACAAAGAGAUUGCCUGUGUGUCUAGCCAUGCACAUGUCAAUCUGUCCCAACAUGCCCUACUUAUUUAUGAGUGCUCUGGACUUGUGACAUAUUUUGAACAAUACUCCGCAGCCUCUGCGGUUGGGCACAGUUCCACCCCACCCCUGCUGCCCGCCAGGAGAGUCCAGUCCUGUCCACUUCAUCAAGGAAGUAUCAAGCUAUUGCCAUAAGGAUCAAGUCAGUCUUUGGCAGUGUAGGAUGGUGAUGUAGGAAAUGAGCUGAGGCUCAAUAGGCUAGUCAAAUCACUGUUGAGUCUAUAAACAAAUUUUAAGACUUUGUGGAACAGCUGAUGUGGUUGAGCUUAUGAGGCUGGCUGUUUCCAACACAUUAGACAAGGCAAACACUAAGUUUUCCCAGCGUGUUCUAAGAAUUACUAUUUACUCAAAACAUUAUGCAUAAUAAAAACCAAUUAUACAUAUACCUUUCUAUUAAAAAAAAUUGUUUCUGUGGAGAGUUUCAAUGUGUAUAUAUUUGUAUGAUAUGUAUAAUAAGAAGAUGCUUGUUGAUUAAUUAGCCCACAAAAAUAGCUGGAAUGCUGUUUUUUUGUAAGUGACAUAUGUUAUGAUACAACACUGUAAAGUAACCAAGUACAGCAUGAUAGCUGAUACUCAAGUCUGAAAUGAUUUGACCUCUCAAUCAAAUCAACCAUUGUAAAAUUACAUAUCGUUUGUUGUAAAGAGAUGAAAUAUAGCAAAAUGAAAUUGAAUUAGAAAGUGUUAAAACAUGAUGCAAAUGAUUUGUUUGUGUACAUAUGUAACAUACAAGCUUGCCUCUCCCUCCAAUUGAUUUGCUUUCCCCCACUCUCUAACCCUCUGCUUAAACGGUGUUUCAAUGAUAUUUCUUGUAAAACUAGCAUUUCUCUCUUGAGAUGACAUGAUGUUGAUGGAAUGAAUUGAAAAAAAUUUCUGUUUAGGCAACUUAGAUGUGCUUUACCAAAAUUGUUCAUCAUAAAUGUUUUCUAUUAUUGAACGGAAUAUCGGAUUUUUGUUUUUUAAACAUUUUGUUGUGAGUACUUGU